AUGUCGAGUUCCAUGGAGUGUUCGGAUUUCGCCGCUGGCCGGAGCUUUUCUAGGAAGCCGAGCUUCUCGCUGACGUGUAGCCGAUUGAGUCAGUAUCUGAAGGAGAACGGCAGCUUUGGAGAUCUGAGCUUAGGGAUGCCAUGCAAGCCUGAGGUCAACGGGAAUUUUGGCAGCUCACGUCAGCCAACAACAACCAUGAGUUUAUUCCCUUGCGAAGCUUCAAACAUGGAUUCCAUGGCGGCUGGUCAAGAUGUUAAACCGAAGAACUUGUUUCCUCCGCAAUCAAGCUUUUCUUCCUCAUCUUCCUCUCUCCCCAAGGAAGAUGUCCUGAAAACGACACAGACUAGAUCUGUGAAGCCAGAGCCACAAACUGCACCGUUGACAAUAUUCUACGGCGGGCAAGUGAUUGUGUUCAAUGACUUCUCUGCUGAGAAAGCCAAAGAAUUGAUGAACUUGGCCAGCAAAGGAGCAGCUAAUAGCUUCACCGGUUUCACAUCUAAUGUCAACAGCAACAUCCAAAGUGUUUACACUCCUAACAUAGCCAAGAACCAAACCGAGAUCAGAAGCAACAUCACUUCAAUCCCAAACCAAGUUCCUCAUCUCAUGAAAACCGCAACACAAGACCCACUCCAAUCCUCUUCAACUGCAAUGGCAUGCGAGCUUCCUAUUGCUAGAAGAGCUUCGCUCCACCGGUUCUUGGCGAAGAGAAAGGACAGGGUUACGUCAAAGGCACCAUACCAACUAUGCGAUCCUGCCAAAGCGUCUUCAAAGGCUCAAUCCGGAGACAACAAGACCUCUUGGCUCGGUUUAGCAGCUGAAAUAUGA